AUGGCGCGUGCUGCAGUAAUCCCACAAUCUCCUACAAAACGGGUACGAAGUUCGACCAAGUCGACAGCUGCUGCCGAUGCAAAGAAGAAAGCCCCUCGCAAAGCAACACCAGCACCACGGACUGCGGCCCCGGCUGUCGAAGUUGAGUCCGAUGAUGAGCUAGGAUGUAUCACAAGUAAACCUGCGAAACCCAGUGGACGUCCUGCUGGCCGCCCAGCUACCAAACCAAAAGUGACUACAACUGCGACUGCACGAGGAAUGAAGGCUACCGAGACUCUCGCCGACAAGUCAAAACCCCAAAAUAACGCCGGCGAAGAUGGACCAGAACAACAAAUCGAGGCACCAAAGAAGCGUGUUGGAAGACCGAGAAAAAACCCGUUCCCCGCAGAAGCGGUAGCGACCAAGCCCGAGGCAACACCUAAAACCAGAGGACGACCAAGGGCGGGAACAACAGCGAAGGCCCCUCAGAUUCGUGAAACAGCGGCGACGAGCAGGCGCACACGAGCGGUAGUUGAUACAGCGAAUGAAACGAAACCGAACCAAAUUAGGAUUGCGACCAACUCGACAACCAUGCGCUCAAACCUUCUGCGUGGGCCCGCAAAGAAGAAGACGGUGAAAUUCCAGGAUGUCUCAGAUUCCGAAGCUGAGGAAUUUGAGCCGGAGGUUCCUGCUGUCGGUCGUCGUCGAGUAGCAACAAAGGGCGCGGGGGUUGGCAAGACCGGCCUCGGAGCGGCCGCGGUUCGUAAGCCUGUGACAACCGGUACUCGCGGAAGGAAGCCAGCUGCAGCAAAGAAGGAUGCGACUCAGCCAUUGUCUCCCAAGAAGGCCAAGCAGGUGGCCAAAUCUCUAUCGACAUACGUAAGCUCGGAUGGAGAAGACGACGAAUUGAACACCAUUAAAGACGACAUCAAUGAUCCACUCAGACUUGUUGUUCACUCGCCUGUUAAGCAUGGGCUGGAGAAUACUGGACUGAGCUCUCCUGUACGGAGGAUCAACUUUACACCCAAGAAGGCGUCCAGCUUUGUGGACGAGAAUGGCGAACCGAAACUACCAACACCAAAACACGGAUCAGACGGCAUCGGUCUUAACUCCCCAGUCAGGAAAAUCAACUUUGCACCGAAUCGCAGCCAGAAUACAAUCGCAGAUAAUGGGCACCUCGCUCUUCCACCCGGCAACGCAGUUGAAUUUAGUGAUUCUAUGUUCAUGUCUAGUCCAGCGAGACGACCAGCGCCAUCCUCCCCCUUCCAGUUCUCCAUGAGAGAGACCCCGAAUCGUGGGGGUUCCCUCUUCCGGGACAGUGUGAAUCCGAUUUCCGCGCCUGAUUUCACACCUGGACGAACAUCUCCAUUGAAAAUGUCACCUAAGAAGGGCUUUUUGGGUGCUUCUUUCUUACAAUCCCCGUCAAAGGCUUCUACAUCAGCACCCCCUGCUCGAAACCCCUUGUUUCAAAGUCCCGCAAAGAGAAUAGCCUCUCCAUUCAAAAACUCGAUAUUCUCCGCUCGUGCAUCUGUGGACACCUGCAAACCCGCGGAAAAUGAUGGAACCCCUUCCAAGGUAGUUGAACUCACAAAAUCCAACACCCCCAAAUCCUCACCAAGGGGAGGCCAAUCCGACGAUAUGGCUUUUGAGAGGGAAUCUGAAAUGGUCGAGGAUGUGGCUCGAGACAUCUUUGGGAUUGAGCUAUCUUCUGAUAGAAAGGCGUCAUCGGCUUCUCCUAUCCAGAAAGAUAUUGCCUCGGAAGUAGCUCAAGACCCACUAGAUGAUGGAAACACCGACUCCCUGCCCGCAGAUAUGGAGCUCGAGGGAGAAUCAGACCCGGAAGAAGACGAAACUGAACAUGAUGAAGAUAAGGCCCAGGCCGAGUACGAAGAGCCUGAAACGAUUUGCUUCGACACAAUGGAAGAGGCUAUGGCAACGGAGGACUAUUAUGACCAAGAGCCGGAGGAAGACUCAGGCCCCGGAACUACCGAGCAGCUUGAAGACCAGGCGCAAUUUGACCGCGAAGAAGCUGAUACGAUUUGCUUCGACGCCAUGGAGGAGGCCAAUAUGGCAGCGCAUGAUAUCCAUGACCAACAAAUUCAGGAAGAAUCAGACCUAGAAGAGGGUCAAGAUCACCAAGACGAGAGUGAAUUCGAGUACGAGGAGCUUGAUACAAUUUGCUUUGACGCUAUGGAAGACGCCCAAUUGACAGAACAUGAUCUGCAACAACGUCAAGUGCAGGAGGACUCAGACAUGGAAGAGGGCGAAGAACUCCACGAUGACAAUGAAUCUGACUACGAGGAGCUUGAAACUAUCUGCUUCGACGCCAUGGAAGAUGCACACGCAGAAAAUGACCUGCAUGAUGACAAUGGUCGAAUGGCAGACUUGGCCAUGGAGGACACCGAUUAUCCCGAAGAAGAGCUCGCGGAGCUGGAGAGGGAAGUCGAGGAGGAAGAGGAAGAACAUCAGACUUUCGAUACCGGCUUCCAGCCCCAAGAAUCGACCCCAGAACCCUCGCAACCUACGGAGAUGGAAGAACUAGACAUCGAAGAGCAGCCGAAUGAAGUUCCUAUGCCCUCCAGGUCACCAUUGGACUUAAUCAAUGGUGAUGAAACCCGGCCAACUGCUGACAUGGAAUAUCCCUUGGAAAGUGAACAUGAAUGGCAAGAGGAAGAAGAAGCCAUUCACCAUACCGAGGAAGAGGAACAAGUGAUGGGCGAGGAGAGCGAGGUGGAAGACGCCGAACCUAUUAUGGCUGCGUCUGAGUUUGUUACAACCUCGCCAAAGCCUGCUUUGUCACAUGAGAGCAACCAUCCUGAGGAUGCUGCAACACCGCUUCAACAGACUCAAUCGUUUACCUCACGACACCCGAGCCCUACAGCCAGUGAAUCUACUCCCUUGCCCUUGAAUCGCCCAGACAACUCAGAGAAUGAUCAUGGCUCCACCCUCGAUGCUAAGAAUGCCAAUAAUGUGAACAUUGACUCGCCCCUGCAUGAAGAAAAUAGCUGGACUCCAAACACCCAGGUUGACAGCCCUGCGUUAAUGGCACCAAGUCUCUUCAAUACACCAAGCGUUGCAGAUCAGCGACAAUCCCCUGCCGAGGUUACCUUGGGUUUUACCCCAUUGGCACAAAAGUUUGGCCGUUGGGAACAAAAUACCCCUUCCCAAGCUAGAUCACUCCGACCACGUCGCCGUGGAGUCUUUUCGUUAGUAGGCCCCUUGGACCGCACAACCACGGAAACUCCGACAAAUCCUGAUACUGUGUCGUAUCCUACUUUGCCAAAGAGCCCUUUGGCACAAACCCCCUCUUUGUUUGCCGAAUUGCCACUUCAGCCUCAAAGCGAUGUUACUUGUAUGAGCCCUGAGAAUGAACAAACUCCACGGCCAUCUUCCAUCUAUGAAGACCAAAUAAUCGACCCUCCAAGGACAACCACGGAUAUCUUCGAGGAUCUUGACUUGGAAAUCAGUGAACCGGAGCAUACUUCUGCCGCCGGGGUCUCACAAAAUCACGGCCAAGAGUUCGAUCUACUCGAGGACAAAGAGAACUGUGGUCCUUUGAAUUUCCCGUCAACGCCCAUGAAGGCUCAAGUUCAACCCGACGAGUUACGCACUAUUCAUACAGUGUCCAAAGUGCCUUUGAAAGCUGAAGGCGACGUAUCACCUCUCAAGCUGUCCCGCAAGAGAGGUCUAUCCCUCUCGAGCACAUCCCCCACUCGAUCUUCCCCGCGUGUCCGCAAGCAAACCUUUAUGGCACUCAAUGACAAUGCACCGAUUCUGUCUCCCUCGCGGAAAUCUUCACGAGUGAGCAGAAGCCCGACACAGAAACGCCGUUCUAUUGUUGGUAGACGCAGCAGUGUAAAGGUACCAGUGAUGGAUGCACCCAGUACUCCUACCGCAACCGCCAGUCCUUCCAAGAAGCCGCGUCAUAGCAUCGGCACUGAACAAAAGGCUCUGCAUGGGGCAGUCGUGCAUGUGGAUGUUCAUACCACCGAGGGCGAGGAUGCCUCUGGUAUAUUUGUGGAACUUUUGCAGCAAAUGGGCGCCCGCUGUGUGAAGUCCUGGUCCUGGAACCCUCGUACCAGUCUCUCGCCAGUUGAUGAUCCAGAGCCCAAGGACUUGAGAGUUGGAAUUACCCAUGUUGUGUACAAGGAUGGUGGCCUGCGGACUCUGGAGAAAGUCAAGAAGGCAGCGGGUCUUGUCAAGUGUGUUGGAGUCGGCUGGGUCCUCGAUUGUGAACGUGAAAACCAAUGGCUCGAUGAAACCCCGUACGCGGUUGAUAGCUCUAUCAUCCCACGCGGAGGUGCCAAGCGCCGCAAGAGUAUGGAGCCUCGUGCAUUAAGCAAUGUGAAUGGAACACUCGUCCGCAUUUCCGAAUCUCCCGCGCCAUCUCCCGGCGGACGUCGCAGUGGUGUCAACCCGGGUGCCGUUGAGGGUUUCCGCAAAAUCACACCCCCAACCCACCAGAAAAUGCCCUCCACGCCCCCACAACAAUCUUCUGCUGAUAGCUACCAAUUCCCUGCCACUCCGGGAUACAACUUUGCCAACCUUGAUGCCAUUGGCAUGUCACCCGCUACACCAGGAUUCCUUGGAAACCGCUCUAAACUAGUCCAGCAAUCUUGCCCACCAAAGCAGAGCAACCGAGGUCUGUUCCCGAGUGCUAAGCCUUCCAGUCUCCUGCUGGAUGAGGGACAAGAUGAGGAAUCUAGGAGACAGCGCCGCUUCCGCAUGGAGGCUGCCAGGCGCAAGAGCCUUGUUUACAAACCUGCUGUCGGUAGCCCUCUUGUUCGUUGA